GGCCUGCAUCAAUCAGAAAAUUUCCAUUAGAAAAUAGUUCGUUUUGUUAUUAUGGGAUACAGCAUGCCAGGUAUUCGAUAAGGCCAGUGCACAGAAAUUACAUGAGAACAACUCUUACGCAAGUCGUCAAACAUUGGCAGCUGAUGAGAAGAGAGACUACUUCCUCUGGAAAUAAUUUUAAACUAAACUUUGACAACAAGGAUAAGCAUGAGAACAAGCUUAAUGAACUAGAAAACAAAGUUCCCCUCAAAAAAACAAAACAGGAACUAGAAACUAAAGUGAUAUUUUUUUGUUUUUCUUCAAAUUGAGAGUAUGGUACUUCGUGAUCGAGGAAUCUUUAAUCUUCAUUGUCCUCUCAUAAAGUUAUGUUCCUGUCACUGCUCUCUAAUAAAGCAAAAUAUUAAACAAGCCUACUGAAGCUCGAAUGAGCGAUGCAAUGACCAAUUUACUUUUGGGCAAAGGUGCAUAUUUGUCAACGCAACACACUAUCUGAUUUAUAGAAGUACUAUUAGUCGGUUUGUCCAGAAAACUUUUUCUAAUUUCAAUUUAACAACUAAAGUGAUCCCUUUUGCCGUAUUGACAGCUCACCUGAAACUUUAUAUAUUUGGAUGAUGGUCAGCCUCCUGAUUCUUACAUUUUGAAAGUUGAGUUCCUGGUUUCGAGUAGACAAACUUGUGCCGCCUCAUCCACUCUUGAAGAAGUCGUCUAUUUCUACUAGCAAGUAAUUCAGAUUUCAGGAUGCUCACACUUGAUAUAAUUUUUGCAACCCAUAGCAAAUUUAUUGAUCAUACUAUCCGGCUCAACAUUUAUAGCUCAAACUUACCUCAUCCACUCUUGAAGAAGUCGGCUAUUUCUACUAGCAAGUAAUUCAGAUUUCAGGAUGCUCAAACUUGAUAUAGUUUUUGCAACCCAUAGCGAAUUUGUUGAUCAUACUAUCCAGCUCAACAUUUAUAGCUCAAACUUAGCUCGCGAGUAAUAGACUCGCAAGAUACUCACCUAAACCCCCUGUCCAAUUCACAUAUGCUAGAAGGUAUUCAAGGGAAGCCAAGUAAUUCAACCUUGAAGUUAGUAACAGAUUCUAGAAGAAAGGGUGGUAGUGUAUUUAUAUGAGAGCAUAAUUGACUUAAGAAAGGGGAAGAAAAACUUGCACCGAGAAUGAUGUGAUAAUUAGAGGAGAAGCACGUGAAGAGGCAUUCAGGAAAGUAGAGAGAAAAACUGUCCAGUAAAAGAAUCUCAACUCUUAAAAGUAUGAGUAGGUUGUAAUAGAGCUGAGAUCUAAAUUAUUUUACUACCCCUUGCUUCAUGAUCUAAAAUCUACAAGUACCUUUUUUUCUCAUUUUCAUUUGAUUACUUCAUAGCAUAUCUGGUAUCUAAGCAAGUUGUUCUGAGGAUCAAUGGUGCAGGAGUUGCUUCCAUUAAACAGGUAAUCAACGGCUUGAAGGCGAAGCGCACUCACGAGUUGGCUAAGUUCAGACUCAACUUCCUAAGAUGUGUUGGAGCAAGUGAAGGUGAAUACAGAGUAAUAAGUGCAAGCAACGAGUAAGAUUUCUCGGGAAUUGCUUUGAAAGUUCCAAAGGAUGGAAGUUACUAACUCUUCUGUAAACCCAGAGAAGGAAGAACUAUCCCAAAAACAUUAAUUAUAUCUUAGACACCAGUUGACAGCCUAUUCACUAAUCAUAAUAAUGUGUAUAACUAGCCCAAGAACAUUAGAGAUAGUAAAGGAAGUGCUGACCAAGAAAUAGUUAUGCUGAUUGAGCUACACAUAUCUCCAUAUCCUUAGAGAUCUCACUGGGAACAGGGAAAGCAGCACAAGAUGAGGGGAAAUGUAAGUCACAGGGGAUUACUUUGGUAGAGGAUUACCUGCCCUUACCCUUGGAAAAUGCUGACCUAAUACUAAAAAUACUUAGAAGCUGGGUACCAUAAUAACCAAUUGGAAAACUUAAACACUAAAAUGCCAACUUGGAGAGAAGUCAGUGACAAUGAAAGGCAAUUUGUCACUAGAUAGAGCACGAAUUUCACUUAAGGUGAAAGAAGGCACAGGGGAUUUGGUGGAAAUUAACCAACUGGUAACAAACAGCCUUUCUAUUGCCUUGGGUUAUUUAGUAAAGAAGAAUGGGUACUGGAGAUUUUAUGUUAACUGUAGGGCAUCAAAAAAAAUUAUUGUCCACCGACAAGUACCCCAAUUCUGUAAUCGAUUAGCUCUUAAAUGAAUUCCUUGGCAUUUAGCAACUACUUCCUCCGUUUCAUAUUACUCACUACACUUCUCAAUUCACGGACUCCUAGGCAAUUUUUGGAGAAAGAAAGAGGUAGAGAGUAAAAAGAAAAGGGAAGCAUGUGAGAGGAGAGAGAGAGAGAGUUUAUUGCCCAAAAAGAAAGUGUAGCAAGUAAUGUGAAACUUCCCACAAUGGAAAGUGUAGCGAGUAUUAUGAAACGGAGGAAAUAUGUUUUCCAAGUUAGAAUAUCGCCAGCUAAGAGCUAGACGCGAAGAUGUGCCAAGACUCCUUUUAUAAUAUGUGAGGGCCACUAUGAGUUCUUGCCUCUCUGGUAUGCCAUUUGAACUUAGUAUGAUGUCCCUUCCACCAUCCAGGCUUUGAUAUGCCAUUUCGACCUUAUUUGCUGGUGUUCUUUGAUGAAAUAUUGGUGUAUUAUAGCAAUAGAGCCCAGCAUGUAAAACAACUUGCCUUAGUAUCAGAAACCUUAGCUAAGCAUCAACUGUAUGCUAAUUAAAAAGGUGAGUAUGAAGAAGGAUAAAUUUGGGUAGUCAACUAAAGCAAACCUGGCCUUCAACAAUCUCAAGAGGGAUAUGAUAGUUGCAGCUAUCCUGGCCAUUUCUAAUUUCACCAAACCCUUCAUAUUGGUUUCUGAUUCGGGGCUGUGCUAACAGAGAAGGGCAGUGCGUUCACCACACUCUUAAUAAUAGUUGUGAUCAGAAAAAAGGACUGAUCAACUGGAAUUCUUAUGGAAUGGAGAGAAGUUCAGUAUAAGUAUCAAAAUUCAAAAGUAGGUAAGCAAGAUCAUGGAGUUUGACUUUGACAUUUACUACAAACCUAAAGCUUCAAACAGGGUCGUUAUGCCCUAUCUAGGGGCUACAGCGGAGAUUGGGACUUUAAUAUCUUCUUGUGGGGUCAAGUGGGAAGGAGUACAAUACAACCACUCAUUCAGAAAGACUUUGAUCACUUUAUUCACUGAGAACCUCACAAUUAGGAUAUCAGGUCCUUAAAGGAUAUAUUUUGGAGCAAGGAAUUCUCCAGGGAGAAUUAUACUACCUAGGGACCUCCCUUUGAUUCUCACCUUGCUACAAUAAUACCAUGUCUCUCCUGUCUUGGGUCACUCUGGUGAUAACAACACCAAUCAAAGGCUAGCAUCAGAAUAGUUUUGGCAGAACAAGCAAUGAAAUAACUAGAGUGUGUGCAAGCUUGCCAACCAACAGUAGAAGCAUUCUUCCCUCAACCUCUUGGAUUGGUUCAACCUUUGUCUAGUCCUACUAGAGUGUGAGAAGUCAUGGAUUUUGUGGAGGGCUUACCAAAGAUUCUAUUACGGUACCUUUGCAAGGUAUGGGACUUGAUGAUCGAGGCAUGAUGUGGGAUUUAUAUAGGAUUAUGGGUUCUCCCUUUAGGCUAGCUUUUGGGGAGAUUCUCUUGUGAUCUUGUAUCAAUGGUAUCAGAGUCGCCCAUCCCUUGACUGUGCCACGUGUGACUAAUUGAGGUGACGCAUGUGCUCGUCCGGGGAUAGGAACCUUCUCUCUCUUGCCUAGCGCUAAGCCUACAACAUGAGGGCAUGUGCCUCUCAAGAGAGGUGGUAUGUUACGGUAUCUUUGCAAGGUAUGGACUUGAGUCCCACAUCGUCAUAUUGGGGGGCUGACGUGGGAUUUAUAUAGGAUUAUGGGCUCUCCUCCCUUUAGCCUAGCUUUUGGAGAGGUUCUCCUAUGACCAGUAUCAGAUUCAAGGAAAGUAACCAAGUAUGCACAUUUGUUGGGGUUGAGAGUUGAGAUGUCCUUCCACAACAUAUACAGUGGCUACGAAAAUAAUCAAAGAAGCGCUUAGAUUGCAAAGGUUUCCCUUUACAAUUGCAUCAUAUAGAGGCACAGAGCAUGAUUUGGAAAAAUUAUUCAGGUUACAAGGGUCAGCUUUGCACAGAAGCAGACCAAUCGCAGUCCACAUUAGCGGUGAACACAGGAAACCUAGGUGUUUAAUUUAUUUCCCGCCUAUCUUUGGGCUAACCAUAUUUUGUGGGCUGAGUAUUGAUACAGUACCAAGGUGUGAGGAACAACUAGUUGAGAGAGAUGCUAUCCUUGAUGAUUUGGAGGCACAUCGAAUGAAAGGUCUAGAGGAGGGAAGUGGAGUAUGUGGUGGUAGAUAAAAUAUAUUUGAAAUGUCAACCUAUAAGUAGAUACUUAGUUUCCCAUCUUUCGUUUGAUUAAUUCAUAGCAAUUCAACUCUUACAAAACAUCAAGCUUCGUGAUAGCUCCUCAAAGCACACGACUUGUGAUUUCCCAUCUUUUACUUUAUGAUAGCUCUCUUACAAAUAAGUCUCAUCUGCCACGUUAGACUCAACUUGUGCUCCACUGCUCAGUAUCACUCAAGUCCUAUGCUCCAAGAAGCCAUCAUCCAGUGCAAGGAACUAACAUGAUGGAAAGGGGUAUUUAGGGAAGUACAAAAUAAUUUUGUUAUAGGACUUUAUUGGAGAAGAAGUUGAGAGUUAAAAGGAGAGUGAGAAAGGGAUGCAAGUGCUCUAACUAGGAUAUUAGAAAGGGGCAACCAUGGAAAAAAAAGAUUAAAAAUGCAGGUUGGUUCCUGGGAGAUAUUCAACCCUCUCCAAUGCUUGAUACUAUUUUAAUUUCUAUAAUUUCAUUUAAUCGAUACAAAACUAUCUUCUGUUUCUUUCCUCAAUCUACAUCUUUCUUCUAAUGCUGCCAGCUAUGUCUAUUCCUAGCAUCCAGAUUCAAUAUUGUCAUAAUGUCAUCUCAUACUAUACCAUGCUCAUAUCUAGAGGACUACACCAGCUCUUUUCAGCUUCUUUUAAUAUCUUCAUAUCCCAAUCUCCAUUAUGCAGACCGGUAUGUCAUGAUUCAUGAAGUUGGCAUUAGUUUGUAUAAAACACCCCAUGAAUUCUUUUAUAUUAUCUUCGAUAAGGUGCCACAACCCUAUUCAGCGCCAAUUAUCUGGCCUUUCUUGAACCCUAGCAUCCCAAUCCUUGUAGCAAGAUUUGCCAUAGAUCCAAAUACUUUAACCUACACCAUAAUUCCAAAUUACUAACUGGACAAUAAGCUAUGUCAACGAACAACAAAACAAGUUAUCUAGUGAACUACAUAGAAAAACUGGGGGAUUUAGGCUGUGAGAUGAUGACAGAUAAGGCUGGAAAUUGGUAUAGCUAAAAAGGUGGAGCGGAGGUCACAAAUGGGAGGGGGAAGAGUGGCAUGCAGUUAGCUAUGUUCGGUGAAAAGAGAGGAGGUGAUAGAAGUCAGAGUACCAGUUAUAAGUUAUUACCUUUCCAUUAAAAGGUAAACUGCUAAGUGGACUCAACAAAAAAAAAGAAACUACAACAAAGGACUGCUUUCUUCUGUCUUAAUCUCUUAUGACCCCUUCUGUUAAUUCUACUCUACUACCAAAUUUUUGGCAAAGGGAGGCAACAAACUUGAGGCAACAACUGCAACAUUUACAAGAAAGCCACAGGAAACUUAUGGGGCAAGAUCUUUCAGGUUUGAGCAUCAAAGAUCUGCAGGAUUUGGAAAAUCAACUGGAACCAAGUUUGAAAAGUGUACAAAUGAGAAAGAACCAACUCCUCUCAGAUGAAAUCAGAGAACUCAACCAAAGGGGAGCAAUUAUUCAUCAAGACAAUAUUGAACUCUAUAAGCAAUUUAAUCUCAUGCAACAUCAAUAUUCAGAGCUGCAGAAGAAGGUGUGCACAACAGAAGAGAUGAAUCAUAUAGAGCAACACCCACACAUGUCAUAUAAUGUCAAGAAUCAUUAUCACAUGAAUACAGCAACCGAUCUCCAGCUAAGCCCACCAGAGCAGCAAACUAAUGAAACAUCUACCAGUAUGAAAUUAUGCUUGCAAUUGCACUGACGAAGCUGGUAGCACUCAGUACCACAUCAAAUGCUUAGCUGAGAAGGACAUCUCUAUUUGAAUGGAAUGAUGAAUGUGCUCAUAAAGAAAGAAACAUUCUGCAACACUUACAAAUUUGGUAUGAU